AUGUUACCAAUUCAUCAUCAUCAUCAUCAAAAUUCAAAUCCUAUCAAGAAGGGAAAAGUAAACAAUAUUGGAAAAAGUAGUGCAGAGUGGCGUUCCCGAAGUAUUUAUCAAAUUAUUACUGAUAGAUUUAGUCCUUCUGAGAGUGGAAGUGGAAAAUCGUGUCCUCUCCUCUAUACUUAUUGUGGAGGUACUUUUCAGGGAAUUACUUCACAUUUGAACUAUGUGAAAAGUUUGGGAUUUAAUGCUAUUUGGAUUAGUCCAAUUGUGUUGAAUUUACCUGGUGGAUAUCAUGGUUAUUGGGCUCAGGAUUGGUUUGCUGUUAAUCCACAUUUUGGAACUCAAGCUGAUUUGAUUAAUUUGGUUAAAACAGCUCAUAGUAUGGAUAUUUGGGUUAUGGUAGAUGUAGUUUUCAAUCAUGUUGGACCUGUUGGUUUUGAUUUUUCAGAAAUUUCACCAUUCAAUUCAUCAACUCAUUAUCAUCCUUAUUGUCAAAUUAAUAACUGGUCUAAUCAAACAGAAGUGGAAUAUUGUAGAUUGGCUGAUUUACCUGAUUUGGAUCAAAGUAAUAAUUUUGUUUACAAGACAUUGUCAAAUUGGAUUACUGAUUUUGUUUUAAAUACUUUUGGAUUUGAUGGUAUUAGAAUUGAUACAGUACCUGAAAUUUCCAAGACUUUCUGGAGUGAUUUGAAAACCAACAUUUUGGCUCCAAAGUAUGGAGAUAUUUACUCAAUUGGAGAAGUGUUAAAUGGAGAUAUGAAUUAUGUAGCUCCAUAUGCAAAUAUUUUGGGUGCAACUCUCCACUAUCCAAUGUAUUUUGUUUUAAAGAGCAUCUUUUCACAAGGUGGAAGCAUGUAUCAAAUCAGAAAUACCAUCAACAGUGCACGAUCUCUCGUUAAGGAUACAUCUCUUCUUGGAGUAUUUAUUGAUAAUCAUGAUAAUCCAAGAUUUUUGAAUUAUGAAAGUGAUUACAAAUUAUAUCAAAAUGCAUUGACCUAUGUAUUGACCUCAGAGGGAAUUCCAAUCUUUUACUAUGGUACAGAACAAGGGUUCAAUGGUGGUGCAGAUCCUUUCAAUAGAGAACCAUUAUGGCCAACCAGCUUUAACCAAAAUUCCUAUCUCUUCACUUUCGUCCAAAAGAUUAUGAAUUUUAGAAAUACUCACUUCCAAGAAUUUUUAAAUAAUCCAUUACAAGUUGAGAGAUAUGUGGCUAAUAACUUUUAUGCAUUCUCAAGAGGAAAUGUCUUUGUUGCCACAACAAAUGUUGGUUCCAGUUAUGGUCGAUUGCAAUAUACCAUUACUUAUCAUCCCUAUUCUGAUGGAACAGUAUUGUGUGAUAUUUUCUGGGGUAACAAUGAUUGUGAAACAGUAACUAAUGGCCAAUUUACUGUAGUCUUACUCAACGGAGAAUCAAAAAUCUAUUAUCCACAACAAUAA